CAUGGCUGAAGGCGGCCGGGGCGGCCCAACGUGCCGCGGGAUGGACGGCAGGCAGGACCCGGUCUCCAGCAGUGGGAGCUGCAACUUUCCAGAGUACGAGCUUCCCGAGCUAAACACGCGCGCUUUCCAUGUGGGCGCUUUCGGGGAGCUGUGGCGUGGCCGGUUGCGCCGGGAAGGGGACUUGUCGCUGAAGGAGCCACAAGCAGCCGCGUUGCCUGGGAGCCACGGGGUCGCCGACUGGGGCCAGGAGGAUGCUGCGGUGGCCCGGGAUCUGGGCUGCAGCCUGGAGGCAGCAACCGAGCUGCGGACGGUGUGCGGCCUUGAUAAACUGAAGUGCCUUGAGGAGGGUGAGGAUCCAGAUGUCGUCCCAGAGAAUACCGACCUAGUGACUUUGGGGGUUAGAAAGAAACUUCUGGAACAGCGGGAAGAAACCAUAACAAUAGAUCGGGUUUGCAGACAAGAAACAUUUGCUUAUGAGAUGGAGUCACAUGCCAUAGGAAAAAAGCCUGAAAAUCCAGCAGACAUGAUUGAAGAAGGGGAGCUUAUCCUAUCUGUGAAUAUCUUAUACCCUAUUAUAUUUCAUAAGCACAAAGAACACAAACCAUACCAGACGAUGCUGGUGUUGGGCAGUCAGAAGCUCACGGAACUGAGAGAUUCAAUUUGCUGUGUCAGUGACCUCCAGAUAGGUGGGGAAUUCAGCAACACUCCUGAUCAAGCUCCUGAGCACAUAAGCAAAGACCUGUACAAAUCAGCCUUCUUUUAUUUUGAAGGGACAUUUUACAAUGAUAAAAGAUACCCCGAGUGCAGAGAUUUGAGCAGAACUAUCAUUGAAUGGUCAGAGUCCCAUGACAGAGGCUAUGGAAAAUUUCAGACCGCUAAAAUGGAAGAUUUCACCUUCAACGACCUGUAUAUUAAACUGGGUUUUCCUUACUUAUAUUGUCACCAGGGAGACUGUGAGCACGUUGUUGUCAUUACUGACAUAAGGCUUGCGCAUUGUGAUGACUGCUUGGAUAGGACACUUUAUCCCCUUCUUAUCAAGAAGCAUUGGCUGUGGACCAGAAAAUGUUUUGUUUGUAAAAUGUACACAGCCAGAUGGGUGACGAACAAUGACAGUUUUGCACCAGAGGACCCAUGUUUCUUUUGUGAUGUUUGCUUUCGGAUGCUCCACUAUGAUUCAGAAGGCAACAAACUAGGAGAAUUCCUUGCUUAUCCUUAUGUUGAUCCUGGAACCUUUAACUAAUAAUAACAAAAAAUGUACUUUGUGAAGUAACUGUCCUCUUGGAUGGUUACUUUAUUUCCAGAACAUACCACUGAGGAACAGGAUCCACCUGAAAUAAUCAGCUAGUUACCCACACCCCUGCAAAAGUUCACAUCACAGGUUUUCUUUUUUUUUUUUAAAUCACAGGUUUUCUUAUAAAGUAACUUGUGUUUAGAAAUCUUUUAGUACUUAUUUCAAAAUAGGGUUUUUAUUUAGUGUGUUUGCCCAUUUUUAAGUGUGUUUAUCAUACUAAGUUGUAGGAGUACUUUAUAUUUUUUUGAAUACAAAUCCUGUCAGAUUCAAGUAUUCUGGUUUUUAGCCAGUCUGUGGCUUGCCUAAUCAUUCUGUGUCCAGAGUACUUUUUGCUAAUCUAUAGUUAGAAAAAUUCAGUUAAUCAUACAUCAAGUGGUGGAAGUAUUUUGAAAAUUCCUUGAAGAAUGUGAGAGCUAUACCUUGUACCAUGAGGCUUCCAAGGUAAAGAUCCUUAUUUAAGUAUCUGUGAUAAAAAUGAGGGAGAAGAAUAAAA